GCAGUGCGUUUCCGCUUCCUCAGAGUCAGCUGAUCGGAGCGGGUGACUGGGGUCGGUCUGGUCUGAUUCGGGGGGGAAAGCGGCGUUUGAAUACAUGAAUGACCGUCUCUUAAAGUGUCUUUCCGCUCAGCGCUGAGAGUCAGUUCGGUAUAUCGGAGCACUGCGGGGUUCGGACUGGGACAUGGCUGGAGCUUCGUGCUGUGGACCGAAACUCGCGGCGUGCGGGCUGGUUCUGAGUAUUUGGGCUGUUAUCAUGCUGGCAAUGCUGGGGAUUUUCUUCACCACUCAUUCAGCCACUCUGUUUGAGGAUUUGCCAAUCCCAGAGGACUACAUGCACAACAAGUCAAACGUACUGCAGAAUGUUUACGAUCUUUACAACAAAGUUGGCUACAACUGCUUCAUCGCUGCAGGAAUCUAUGUGGUGAUUGGAAUCGUGUCUUUCUAUAAUGUACGAAUGAACAAACGCAAUGAAUAUCUAGUACGUUAACACCAUCUAAUGGAUUAAGCACAAUCCUAGGCCUAAUGAAAGUGACCUUACUGUAUUUACCAAUUAUGGUGCGUUUCGUUAUGGAUACAUAUGCUGAUGCUAGAGGAAGUUGCUGUAAUUAUUUAAGGUGUAAUCAGACCCAAAGGAUCAACUUUUCUCUGCAAAAGCCUCAAGUUCAGAUCUCUUAAAGCAGCACUGUGUAAGAUUUGUAUUUUUUGUUAAAUUUAAGAGAAGUAACAUUACUGAGUCGGGAGGAAAACACACACUAUGUCGUGCGCUGCUUCAGACAAGAUAUGAUGACAAUAGUAGAUGAUUCACACAUUGUCUGAUGACAUAUCUUUCACUGAGUUUUUUUUUUUAAAUAUAAAUAUAAAUGUAAAUCCUUUUUAAACUCAGUUAUCAGAUACAUCUGCUCUGGGAAGAGGUCUGAAGCACAGCUGACAUUACAGAUUACACAUUUCCACCAGAGGAGUCUCCAAAUCUUAAAAAUGUACAUAGUGCUACGAAACACAAGAGCCUUGAAUCGUGGUGGGCAAUAUGACAAAAAUAUAAUCACUGAUAUUAUUGAAUAUAUAAUAUUGAAGAAAUUUUCACCAUACACAAUGUGUCACAGUAUUUAUUUUGACAUCGGUUGGACAAAAAAGAACCAAAGGCACAACAUUAAAAAAAAAAUUAAUACAUUGUUGUUUAUAAUUCAGUAUUUUUCAAACUGCAGUGCAAAAAAUUCAGUUAAUCAAGCCUAAUUAUGCCCUCUUUUUACUGAAACUUGAGUUGGUCAGUGCUUUCAGUACUGGCAAUAUUCAUGAAAAGCAUAUAGUGAUGUAUUGUGAUCACAUUCGUCACAUCAGUAAAUAUUGUCAUAUUGCCCAGUCCUUAUGAGUGAGAUCUUCAUGGCAGGCUGCUUGCUGUAUUCGGAGUGUAUAGCAGUGUACAUAACUGCCAUCUGUUGUUUUAAUUCCUUGCUUGCCUUUGGACCAACUGCCUUAAAUUUCCUAAUAUAUAAGAAUGAAACAAGUGCCACUGUGAGUUUGGUUGGCGUCAGUAUUGGCCUCCCUGCAGAAUAAUUGAAAAACACAUGAUGUAUUUGCCACAUUUUUAUUGAGAAUUAAAUAUAAACAUGUAAAAAUGAA